UGAUAGCCGCCCGGCCGAGCACCAUCCCAUACCUGAGCGCCCUCCUGCCCUCAGAACUGGAACUGCAGGCUCUGGAGGAGACGGACUCCUCUGAGCAGGAUGACCAGAUGGACAACGAGAACCCAGCAGGGAACAUCAUCUCUGACGAUCCCAGUGCAGACAAGGAGAACUCCAUGCUUCCUCCCAGUAGUGUGCUCCCAUCGGUCAAAGCCAGUGAAGACAACAUGAUCGACAACCCGUACCUCCGGCCCGUCAAGAAACCCAAAGUCAGGAGGAAGAAAUGAGUCAGGACUUGUUGUUCUCAGUGUCUGCUGAGAGCACGGACCACAACUGAUGCUGACUCACAACUCACGUUGUGUAUUUAUGUCCAGUUGUUUUGUGAAACACAACAUGCAGAUCACAGAGGAGUUUUUAUCUUCUCAGCAGUGUUUGAGGAAAGCUUUGGUCAUUAACAGGAGCAGAUAUUUGUCCUCAGAAAGGUCAGUGUGUGUCUGUUUCACUGAGGACACAACAAAUCUCAUGUCACACACAAUAAUAAACUACACACUUUUCUAACUGCA